UUUUUUUUUUAAGCAAGUAUCUGAAGUUUAAUUUGUUAAUUUAUAACUUUUCUUUUUUUUUUUUCACAAGUACGAGUUCCACUAAUGGCCAACCAUCAACAAAAUAGUACAAGUAUUAAUGCCACAGCAGAUGUUAAUUCAGAUUCGAAUUCGAACAGGUUGGUCAGUGAAACAUGUAUGGAUUUAUUUUUGAUAGAGAUGGUGGAUACAAUCUGUAGAACUACAACAGCUGAAACGGAUAGCGAUAGUGACGCGAUUUUCUAUAAACUCGAAACAUUAGGUUACUCUGUUGGUCAAAGGCUUGUUGAACGAUUUACUAAAGAUAGACCCCGCUUUGUGGAUACACUAGACGUAGUCAAAUUCAUUUGUAAAGAUCUUUGGACCAUCAUGUUUAAAAAGCAAAUUGACAAUUUAAAAACAAACCACAGGGGUGUAUAUGUUUUACAAGAUAAUGGAUUUCGAUGGUUUAUGCGUAUGUCAACUGAUGUAGGAGGAUCAGAUUCAGCUAAAAAAGCAAUGCCUUAUGUAUGGUUUCCUUGUGGUAUUAUUCGUGGAGCACUAGCUAGUUUGGGUGUGCCUACUGUGGUUGCCGCCGAGACAUCAAAUCUUCCCCAAUGUAAGUCAAAGUAACCUUAAACUUUAGUUCACAUCCUUAUUAUUAAAAAAAAAUAGGUACUUUUCAAAUCAAAAUUGUU